AUGCUACGCUCCCUGUUUCUCAUUGGGUUUGUAAUCGGAGCCUUUGCGGAUAUACAGGUCAAAAUCGAAAGGCAUUUUCCUUGCUCAUCGUCAACGGGUGAGCUUUUCCCAAAUUUUAUUACAUGUAUUCUGUUCUCCAAGUUACUGAAAAGUCAAUUUCAGGUCCCAGCAAAGAAAAUGUGAGGAUAAAAUUCCCCAGUUACAAGUCGACGGGUGUCAACUUCAAAGAAGAAGUUAAUCAUCAAGGAAAUAAGUGCUUCCGAAUGUCCGGAGGUCGUGUGGAAGUGUUCCCACCGGGGCUGCCCGGUCACAAAAGCUACUAUGUCCAUCUGGAAACCCGAAUCGGAAUUCACGGAAAGCCGGAGAGAUGCGUGAAUGCGGACAAAGAUAAUUGCGGAGGAAUCGGGUCAUGGUGAGAGAAAUUGGCCAUAACUUUCACAAAACUGCAUAAAAUUUUUUACAUUCUUUGUAACAUGGCGUGUUAUAGUGUGCACUGUGACAUCUGUCGGACGAUGGGUGGAGAUUUGCGGAACUUUGUCCAAAUUUAUCAAAAUGAUCAGCCAGCCAAGUGCAGUGUUCAGGGUCUUCCAACGGGCGAAUAUACCGAUCUCUCAUUACGAAUCUGUCUCCCAACCAAAAACGAACUAUUGCCAUUCCUUGAUCAGGUAAGAAAUGUGGUUAAAACUGAUGCAAAAUUAAAUUUUUUGACGUUUUCUUGAAAAAAUAUGGUUUUUAUGAAAGAACGUAUUGUUUUCGAAAGUUUUAGGGGCUUAUGUAGGACUUACCUUGGUAAAAAGUCACUCAAAAUUUAUUAAAUAUACCAGGGUAACCCAAUCUUAAUUAUUGUAUUUUUAGUUUUGUGAAAAUUUGAAUAUUUUAUGUCACUCGUCUCCUAUCAAGUGUAAUACCAAAAAUAUACUAUUUUUCCCCUAUAACAUUAUUUUCUACAAAUAAAAUUUAAAUGGCGAAAGAAACCCAAUCGUAUUUUACCCUAAUCCAUCUGAAUUUUUCAGAACACCAGCCGUGCCGAGCAGCUCUGGGACAUUUUUGUCAGCAGCCGCGCCCGUUCCGGCGAGAUCCCUCUAGUCAUCGCUGCCCGACUCUUCGAUCGUCCUAUCAAUAAAUUGUCCAUCAAAGAGUUGAAUGAUGCCCUGCAUGGCUCAAAAGACGGGAUGAUUGGCUGCCAUUGGAUCUACGCGACAGUCUCUCAGAUCUAA